AUGGACUCGUGGAGCCCUUGCCUGCAAUGCUGGUGGGGAUGUCAACGACUUGCAGGUAUCCGCAUGGUGCCGCAGCCGCGCGUGCGAGUGGCUGCUAUACAAUGCUCCAGUCGGAUGGGCUCCGCUUCGGCUGUGGAGGACAAUGCCGAGAAGAUGGAGAGACUGGCGCGUAAAGCUGCUGAAGGCGGUGCAAAGAUCAUCGUUUUUCCGGAAGCUGCGCUCACGGGGUAUACAUCCCAGGCUUUCCUGCACAAUUGGCACAUUCCACAGCGGCGGCUACAACCUCGCUUUACUGGCAUCGAUCCCACAGGUGUUGUGCCGAAGGUGGACUCCCCGCGAGGAGCUCAGGACACUCCCGGAGACUGA